AGCAGUUCCAAGAGUGUCGGCAGCAGUCGGCAGCAAACAAAACGUUGUGUCCCUAACCUGGGUCUGAAAGAGGUACGUGGCGUCGGCGACGAUCACGGAUUAGAAUAUCCGGUGAUAUCUCGCGCCGAGUAGCGUUUCAACGAGCAUCGGUCCACGAUGGACGAGGACGUGGUGGAGCUCGAGAGCGUGGAGGAUGUCUGCCGGCUGUGCCUUUCCAUCGAUGAGCCGAGAUCUUCAGUGUUCGCGGCGCACGAGCAAGAAGAUUCUUCCUGUGUGACGCUGGUCGCCAAGAUCCAAACCUGCCUCUCGAUACAGAUUUCCACCAGUGAUAAACUGUCGACACUAAUAUGUGCAAAUUGCGCGAAAAAUGUCAACGAAUGGCACACCUACAAGGAGUCAUGCUUGCGUUCACAGGACAAACUACAAGAAUGGCUAUCAAAACAGUCGCAACAAAAUCCUACAAUUGUAACGAUCAAGGAUGAACCAAUGGAUAUUAAUUAUGAGGACAAUGUAGAGGUUAUCUCAGAGACUACCAACAAUCUGCAACAAUUGCCAACUAAGACCACUGAGGACAAAAAAAUUGAAAAUACUGAAGUUAAUACUGAAGUUAAUACUGAAGUUAAUACUGAAGUUAGUACUGAAGUUGAUACUGAAGUUGAUACUGAAGUUGAUACUGAAGUUAAUACUGAAAUUAAUACAGAAGUUAAUAUCGAAAAAAUGCAAGAAGAUCAAGAAGAUCAAGAAGUGCAGGAAAUGUCAAAAGUGUCAGAAGUGCCAGAAGUGUUAGAAGUAUCAGAUGACAGCGAUAAUAAUGAUGGAAAUGAUGCAAAAGACGAACAAAAAGACACCGAAACAGUUCCAUCUACAGAAGAGAAAGAGACGGACCAGAAAGAUCCUUUAGCCUUAUGUUCCAUUAAAGUUGAGCCACAGGACGACGAUGACACCGAUGGCACUAUAGAAGUAGAAUCUGCGAAUGGCAGUGAAUUAUUAUCAAGUCCUUUAGCGGCCAGCGAGAAAGAAGACACAAUUAUGGAGGCCGAUUCGACGCAAAAAUCGAGCGCGGCCGGUUCAUCGCCUAAGAAGAAACUGAGACGCGGUCCUCACACUCAUUUCAGAGGAACGCGCGUCUUCAAGCAGAAAUGCACGCACUGUCAGAUCUUCCUGCAUUCUAAAUAUUCAUUUCUGAAGCACAUGAAAAGGUUCCACAGUAAGGAGAACGGCGGCGAGAAUUCGGCACUGAUGUCGCCGAAUGACGUUGAAGAAGAAAUGGUGGAAGACCUGGAGGAGGAACUGGUCACCAUGGAGAAGGAUUCGCCACUGACGGAGGUGCAACAGGAAAUUAUCAGCCAAUUGAAAACUUUCUGUUGUUACACGUGCGAGCAGACAUUUAACGAUCGGCGCACCACUCUCUCCCACAUACGUCAACACUUGCCAGACCUGAGGCCUUACACGUGCAUCGCCUGCCUAACGGAAUUUUCCGAUCGAUCGAUGUAUCAGUCACAUUGCGGGGCAUCUUUCGAGUGCGCCAUGAAGAUUGCACUGGUUGUACCGAAGCACGGCUACGAGCGUUACUUCACGUGCAAUAUGUGCAUGCGCCCGUUGCAGAACAGAAAGGAGCUGCUCAGUCACUUGCUGAAGCAUUCCGACAAGCAAUACGAGGAGAUGAUAUCGCCGGCGCGCACGCCGCCCAAGCUGAAGCCUAUGGCGCCGUUGCCGUCGACAACGAGAAACGACAGUUCCGACAAUAAAGCGCGGAAAGCCGCCCGCGGGCCUUACAAGAACGGCGAUCCGGCGCACAACCACGCCUGCGAUCUGUGCGGCAUGAUUUACAGAUACCGGCCGAACAUGUUCAAGCACAGGGAAUACUGCGAGCGGCUGACACUGGAUAGAAGAACGAUGUACAAGUGCGCGCACUGCAACAUGACGUUCCUUCAAUUCAAGAAGUUCCACAGUCACACUACGGUGCAGCACAAGAAGAAGGAGUUCACUUGCAUCACGUGCGACUCCAAGUUCCGGUCGCCCAGCGACUUCCUGACUCAUCACGAGAAACAUCGCGCGAUACCGGGCGGCAGUUCGCAGGCGCAAGGCGACAACAUGCAGAUUCAGAGCUCGAGCCAAGCGAAAUCGAGAAUUGUCGGUAACAAGUACUCCUGUUUUCUCUGCAACCAGCAAUUCACCACGAAAAACGAGCUGAACGAGCACCGAAAUCUUCAUCUUAAAGUGAAGAUAUAUUCGUGCGUGAUUUGCCGCAGCAUGUUCAGCAGCUCCGGCGCCUUGGAGAUCCACAUGAAGGAUCACGGCAUCGAGGAUCCGAACGAGCGGAACGCCAACAUCUCCUGCAUGGAAUACGGCAGUCUGGAGGGGGACGUGAGGAUCGAGAAUGAUUUGAUCAACGCCACCGCCGUCUCGGAUCCCGGCACACAGGUCCACGAGUGCUGCGAGUGCGGCAAGGUAUUGUCCAGCUAUCCCAAUCUCCGACGACACGCCAAAAUCGCGCACCGGAACACCAAGAUUUACGACUGCGUCGAGUGCUCGAAAAUGUUCACGCGCACGGACUUGUACGACUAUCACAUGCAAGUGAAGCACAAUGUUACUUCGAAAAACAUGAUCCAGUGCUCGCAGUGUCCCAAGAGUUUCGUUUUCCAAUCGAAUUUCACUUAUCACUUCCGCACUGCCCAUCUCGAGAAGUCGCAGAACGGUUAUGCGUGCGACAUCUGCGGCAAGGUUUUCGUCGAAGAGGCGUCUCUGAAGAUACAUAAGGGCUGGCACAAUCGCGCCAACUCGCGUCUCAGCACUCGACAUAUACUGGGCAAUCAGAAGACACCUAGUAACGUGCCGAAUGACUCGAGCAACAUCGAGUUGGGUGAAAAUUCAGAACGGCCGGCGAGAGCACGAAAGUCCUUCCCCAAUGCUCCGCUCCAAUCACCGCCGAAGUCAUUGGGGAAUUUUCAGUGUCAGGUGUGCAAUGACAAAUUCAACGACGUUACGGAGCUGAGGAAUCAUCUGUGGGACGUCCACUGCGCUCGCAACAAGCAGGAAAAGAGUUUCUCCAACGACGAGCUUCAGUGCGAACUCUGCACGAACGUUUUCCCCGAUCGAAAGACUCUGGAGUCGCACAUGCAGUGGCACAAGGCCAAUCCUAUUCUCAGCGACAUGCGAAAGAUGUUCAAUUGCGAGAUAUGCGGCAAGUCUUACAGUUCGAAGAAAGUUUUGUGGAAGCACAAGAGGCUGCACAAGGCCACCGUCGUGGCCUCUCUCAAAUUUCAGUCCUUAGCCAGGAAGACGACGGCCAGCCAGUUCCUGUGUACGUUCUGUCGCAAGGUCUUCGCGAGCAGCCAAUCCCUGCAGCGGCAUAAACUCAGCUUCCACAGCGAUCCGCUGCAACGCGCCCAGCAACAGUUGUACAACAGCAAUCGAAGAUUCUUGCCCGAGGACAACAGCGGUUUUGAGCCGAGGUUGAAGCGUCCGAAGUUGGACACGAGCAACGACAAUCUACCGUCUAAGCUUCCGCCCUUCGCCAUGAACUUCGCCGGCGAGAAGAAGAAGGCGGUUAUGUGCGAUGUGUGCAACAAAGGCUUCUCCAGCAUGAGCGCGCUGUACAAGCACAAGCAGAGCGCGCACAAGAAUCAAACGGAUAAAGAUCCGAGGAUACCCGAAUGCAUACCGAUGUCGACCCGAGACGGCAAGUUCUCGUGCAAUGUCUGCUUCAAGAAGUUCCCGCGUCUGUCGAAUUUGCGACAGCACUUCACGAUCAAGCACAAAAAGACCGCCGGCAGUCCGGCCAAGUCCGGCAGCGGUUCAGCACCGAACAACGGCGGACUGUCCUUCCCGAUCGAACGGCCGGAUCGACCGGAACAACGGCCGAGGGAACAGGAGCCGUUGAUAAACAACGUGUUGUACAGCUGCAAACUGUGCAAGCAGUGUCACGUCUUCAGUAGAGAGAACAUUAUAAGCCAUAUCACCAACGUGCACAACGCCGUGUACCAAAUCGACAGCAAGAUGUUCCACAGGGAGACCGAUCUAAGCACUUACGUGGUGCACGACGCAAUUGGGGCCGUCUGUCCGCGAUGCAACGUCAAGUAUCCUAAUAACAAGGCUUUGAAGAUACAUUACAUCAAGUUCCACGAGAACGCCGAUUAAACAUUGCUCGUACGAGGACAAAGAUUUGUUUACGUGGCCACGAAGUUAGAUCUCAAUUCCUGAGAUAGGAUUAUAGGACUAUAAUAUUUCUAUCUGAAAAAAAAAAGGUAAUCUGAUUUAUUUCUUUAUUGAAUUAAGGGGUUACAUCACUUUGAACUUGAAAAAUCAACGCUAUUUUUGGCCAUUUUUUUUAGGAAAAAUCAUUAAAUAAAUGUCAAAUCUGUUAUAAGUUUAUUACUAUUGAACACAUCUUAAAGUAUACCGAAAUUUUUUUUUCUUUUUUUUUACAAAAUGGCGAUGCUGGAGCGGUAUUUAUGAUAGUCGGUUUUGAGAAACCGCUUAAUCGGCGUGCAAGAUAACUGCAAUACGGUUCGACAAAAAACUAAAAUUUUCUACAUGAUAUUUACUAAAAAAGUACAUAGGAAUAUUUGGAAAUAUGGAUUUUUGUAGAAAUGGUAAACGUUUGAAAAAAAGGUAUCGUUUUUACCCAGAACAUUUUGAUUAAAAAUGUUAGUAAAAAAAGUUUCUAACAUAUCGUAAAAUCCCUAUGUACUUCUUUAGAUUAUGCAACAAAGAAGAUUAUCCUAAAAUUUCAUGUGAAUCGGAUCAAAAUUGUAGAAGUGUAGGAUCUAAAGUAUCCGACCUCUCAGAUCAUACCGAUCACACUCAUGUUUCUACAUAACGGCGUAAUGUUAUAGUUCGGCGUUCAUUUGAUAUUGGAAUCAAAGCUGCGCCGAAUCAAAGUCGCGACGCCGACCGAAAACAGCAGCGGCACUUCUUUAACGAUAUGAGCCUUUGUAACAAAUGUAUAAAAGGGUGAACUGCGAGAGCUCGCAGUAGUCGUCUUGAAACUCUUAUAUAGUGUACAUCGUUUCCGAAUAAAGCCUACAGAAGAUAUCUUGCACGCCGAUUUGAGAAAUGUUAUUUCGAGAAAAACGCGUUUAAAGUUUCGCUUAACGAUAUUUUGUAUAUAAAAUUCAGAAAUGAUGAAUAAAAUUAUAUUUUCAAGACUCUAAAUUAACAUUUUAACAAAAAACAAUCAAUUUUUUCAAAAUUUAAAGUGGUGUAACCCCUUAAACGACGAUAUAAUCCCAGUGUUACGAUAGACGCGGAAUCUUUUUACGACUAACGUACAUGAUGUUGAAGUGCUUUCCAAGUAUUCUUAAGCUACAAUUAAUUUGAUAUUCAUGAAAUUACGCAAGAAAAAUAUUGACAAGCUGUUUCCGGUAUAUAUUGUUAUACAGACGAAGUUCUUGAUUUUACACAUACGCGGGGAUAUACUUCCAUAACCAUAGGUUUACCGUAGACCUUGUUAUCUGUUUGAUACAAAGCGAACUGCGACCAAUCGGGUGUGUAAAUAUCGAGGUGGUAGAGUAGACUAUAUACAAUAACUUCAAUAGAACGUGCAGCUUCUCUCGAUGCAGUUAAUGAUAAAUUGAUCGCUGCAGUCGGAUAUAUCCGCGUGGAAAUCCCGUCAUGACAUUUAAAGACUGCGUACAUACAUUUAUGUGCGUACACAUUCGUUACAUUACUACUGCGCGAUUUCAACUAUUCAUAUCAUUAAAAAAAA